GACUAGAAACCCAAAUAAACUUCAAAGUAAAACCUGUUCCUUUUUUUUCGUUUCUGCUUGGAUUGAUACAAUGACCAUCAGUCAGCUUCUUAGAAGAUCUCCAAGAAUAGCAAAUAUGUCUCUGCCAAAUUACAUGGAACCAGUGGAUGAUGUGAACAACAACAACAAUGGAGACACCGAUAACAACGAAAACGAAAAUAACAACAACGUGAAUGGUGGUGCUAGUUUUGGGGAUGAGGAAUUCGACAGUGAGAAUCAAGAAGAUGGAAACACUCAAAAUCCUCGUGCUGGUAAGAGAAAGCGAUAUCAUCGUCACACUCAACAGCAAAUCCAGGAGAUGGAAAAUUUCUUCAAAGAGUGUCCUCAUCCUGAUGACAAUCAGAGGAAAGAACUUAGCCGUCACCUGGGACUAGACCAUCUUCAGAUCAAAUUCUGGUUCCAGAACAAACGCACCCAGAACAAGAAUCAUCAGGAACGCCAUGAGAACUUACAACUUCGUGAGGAGAACACUAGGCUUAGAGCUGAUAACCACCACUUUCGAGAAGCUCUCGCUAAUGCCUCAUGUCCUAAUUGUGGAGGUCGCACCGCAGUUGGCGAAAUGUCUUUCGAGGAACAUCAUCUUCACCUCGAAAAUGCUAAGUUAACCGAAGAGAUCCGUCAAUUAUCUGAGGUGGCGAAGUAUACAGGCAAAGCUGUAAUGAGAUAUCCUGUUCUGCCUACUCCUAAUCAAGCUCCACCUUUCGAGCCCCCGAUGACAACUAAUGGAAGUAUUGGAAACCUCUCGUUGUCGAACAUCGGAUCAGUGAAAGAGGCCGAUAGGCCAUUGGUCAUAGAGUUAGCAGUUGGAGCCAUGUCGGAGCUUAUAGCGUUGGCUCAAAUGAAUGAACCGCUGUGGAAGGGAGGCGUUCAUGGCACGAUAUUAGAUUUGAAUGAAUACACAAGAAAUUUACAAAACGGACUCGGGCCUAAACCGGUCGGGUUUAGAACCGAGGCAUCAAGAGAAAACGCGAUUGUGUUCAUGCACCAUAUGGACAUUGUUCACAGGCUAAUGGAUGUGAAUGUAUGGUCGACCAUGUUUGCUGGAAUGGUUGGUAGAGCAAUGACUCAUGACACCCUCUUGACUGGAGGCCAAGGAAACUUGGACGGAACUAUCCAUCUGAUGACUGCUGAAUUCCAAGUUCUAUCGCCGCUAGUCUCAUCCCGUGAAUGCUACUUCGUCCGCUACUGUAAGCAGCACGGUGAAGGUUUAUGGGGGGUGGUCGAUAUAUCCAUCGACCAUCUCAUUCCAAACCUGGAACCUAAGUGUCGGCGAAGACCAUCUGGAUGUCUGAUUCAAGACAUGCCAAAUAGACUCUCCAGGGUUACUUGGGUUGAGCAUGUGGAGGUAGAUGACAGAGGUGAACUUCAUGCCAUGUUUAAGAACUUGCUCAAUUCUGGUCAAGCUUUAGGUGCUAACCGCUGGGUUUCUACAUUGGACCGCCAGUGCGAGCGGUUAGCCAUCAUGAUGGCUUCAAACAUUCCAUCCAUAGAACCUGGUGGUCAAAUAACUGUAACGAACAAUGCGAAGCAGAGCCUGCUGAAGUUAGUUGAGCGGAUGUCAAGAGGUUUCUUUGAUGGAGUGACAACUUCUACCGCAGAUAUAUGGUGGAACUUGGCUGAUUAUACAGGAGAUAGUGUGAGUGUGAUGACUCGGAAGAGCUUGAAUGAUCCUGGAAGACCUGAAGGACUCAUUCUCUGUGCAGCCCAUUCGUUUUGGGUCCCGGUUCCUCCUAUCACUGUCUUUGACUACCUCAGAGAUGAGAAGAACCGAACCAAUUGGGAUGUUCUCUUCCUUGGAGGGAAUCCUCAGAAGCUGACACAUAUUUUUAAUGGGAGAGACGAUAGGAACUGUGUAUCUUUACUCCGGAGCCCAAACACUAGCCAAAGCGAGAUGAUGAUGAUUGAAGAGAGCUCUACUGAGCCAGCAGCUUCAUUCCUGGUCUACGCGCCUGUUGAUGUUCCAUCAAUGGAGAAAGUUCUCAAUGGAGGUGACCCUAAGUGUGUGCCGUUACUUCCAUCAGGUUUUGCUAUACUACCAGAUGGUACGGCUCAGCCUGGAAAAGCAGGAGGGUCACUCGUGAACGUUUCGUUUCAGAUGCUAGUUGACUCAUCUCCUUCGGGUAUGCUGACUUUUAGCUCGGUUUCAACCAUUGAGAGUCUGAUUUUAGCAGCCGCGAAUAAGAUCAAAGCUUACUUUCCUCAGCAGACUGCUUGAACAGGAAAUUAAGUGUAAGGGGAUGCGGAGGAGCGAAUCAGUGAAUAAAGAGAGAGUGUGUUUUUAUUUUAUUUUCAAGAAUUUGGAAAGCUUCAAAAGGGGAGGGAGUCAAGAACGAACCUGACAAGAAACAGUUCAGUUCUUGAAUGGUUUUCUUAAUGAGGUUCGGGUAUUGACUUCCUUGUGAACUUUUGUUAAAAACUUUCCCUCAUUUAUGUUUUAAGUACUUUGUUUCAUUCUGAAUGUUGGAACUUUCUCAACUCAUUUCUCUUUGUGUUUCAUGCUGACA